UAUUUCCCCCCGCUGUCUCCUAUAGGCAGCUCUCACUUCCGCCUCCCCUAGCAGGGGAAGAGCCUCACAAGGAACCCGGAAAGCCUUCCUCCAGGAAAAUCAGGUUGCCACUACAAGUGGCAUCUUCAUCCUAUCUCUACGGAUCCUUUUUCCACACUCCUGGGCAGCCAUGAGCGCGGAGCCACGCAGCCGCCAGGAGACUCUGGCUUUGCGGAAGCAGCUCAUCGGAUCCUCCUGCAAGCUUUUUUUCCAAGAAGACCCUGUGAAGAUUAUCAGUGCAAAGGGCCAGUAUAUGUAUGAUGAUAAUGGAAACAAGUACCUUGACUGUAUCAACAACGUUGCUCAAGUUGGACACUGCCACUCAGAAGUGAUCAGAGCAGCACAUCAACAAAAUCUGGCACUAAAUACAAACUCUCGGUAUCUGCAUGACAAUUUGGUAGACUAUGCACAAAGACUUUCUAAUACAUUGCCAAAGAAGCUGUGCACUUUCUAUUUUUUGAAUUCAGGAUCAGAAGCCAAUGAUCUUGCUCUGAGAUUGGCACGGCAGUAUACAAAACAUGAGGACAUACUUGUGGUGGACCAGCGGCUCAGAGCAAGGUACGUGAGGUUCCCAGGCAACUUACCAUCCAAGUCAAGCCUAGAUCUGCUUUUGUUUCUGAGCCAGAAGUACAUCAGAUUCCUUAAGUCCAUUUUCUGGGCCCCAGGUUGCAUGUUGUCAACAUCAAGUGCUUAUCAUGGACAUCUGACAUCCCUGAUUGACAUAAGUCCAUAUAAAUUCAGAAAUCUAGAAGGCCAAAAGGAAUGGGUCCAUGUGGCUCCUCUUCCUGACACAUACCGAGGAUUAUACAGAGAAGACAAUAAGGAUCCGGCCACGGCAUAUGCCAACGAAGUGAAAAAAAUAAUUGACCAAGCACAGCAAAAAGGAAGAAAGUUUGCUGCAUUUUUUGUGGAAUCUUUACCAAGUGUUGCUGGACAAAUCAUUCCACCACCUGGUUAUUUCCAAAAGGCAGCUGAGCACAUACACAGCGCAGGAGGUGUAUUCAUUGCUGAUGAAAUUCAAGUUGGCUUUGGAAGGGUUGGCAAACAUUUUUGGGCAUUUCAACUUCAAGGAGAGGAUUUUAUUCCCGAUAUUAUCACCAUGGGAAAACCAAUUGGCAAUGGGCAUCCUGUCUCUUGUGUAGCAACGACAAAGGAAAUUGCAGAGGCGUUUUCAGCAACAGGAGUAGAAUAUUUUAACACGUUUGGAGGAAAUCCUGUGUCCUGUGCAAUAGGCAUAGCAGUCUUGGAUGUGAUUGAGAAGGAACAGCUUCAACUCCAUGCCCUCCAGGUGGGAAGCUUCCUCAUGGAACUACUCAAUCAGCAAAAAGCAAAACACCCUCUAAUUGGCGAUGUCAGGGGUGUUGGAUUGUUCAUUGGAGUAGAUUUGGUGCAAGAUCAAGAGAAAAGAUCCCCUGCUACUGAAGAAGCAGCCAUCAUCGUAACAAGAUUAAAGGAAGAAUUCAUUAUGUUGGCUACAGAUGGUCCAGGCAGAAAUGUGCUUAAGUUCAAGCCACCACUCUGUUUCAAUGCAGAAGAUGCAAAACUGGUCGCAGACAAACUUGAUAAAAUAUUAACAGAGUUAGAGAAAAGAGAAGCUUAGAGAAAGUUCACUUCCACUACCUUCAUAUGGUUACAGACAUGGUGCUGAAUUCUACCAUGUUUCUAAUAUAUUUUACUUAAGCUACAAUACCAAAAAUACUACCUUUUCCCAACUACAAUUAUUAAGUUUAUUGUAUUUCUUGUAAUACUGAUAGUACAGAAGUUCAAAGCUCUACAGGUGUUAUCUGUUAAUCCAACUCUUCAUGCAGUGGGAUAAAAAUCAAUUGAUUUAUCCAGAAAACAAACUGCUUUAUUGGUUACAGAACCUAAACCACAACUUACACUCAUUUCUAUUUAUAUUAUAAAAUUAGCACCUUCCAGUCA